UUUGUUGCAAUUCAGACGGAGUCGGGAGAGAGAGAGACAGAGGUGUCGUCGGUGUACGGCCACUUUUAACACCACAUAAGCUUCGAGGGCGACGGAGUUGUAGGAAAUAAAGCAUUGCUCUGUUUCCUACAUAGUCCGCAGAAGGAUUUUAGAGGCUUAUUUAAUAUUUCUCUGACGAAAGGCUUCAACAACCAAGCCUGAAGAAGUCGAUCGUCGACUUCCUGGAGCAUCGUGCGCCGAGGUGAAUUGAUGUUCAACUCGGCCCCACGGGAAAACAACGCUCAUCGGCACAUGAAAACCUCAGACUGUGGAGGACACAAACGUGCUGCGAGAAGUAGACAGAAAGCUACUUCGAGGACCUGGGGCCCGAUUGGAGGCGAACGAUUAAAGCCAGAUCUGUGCUUCAUCAACUUUCUCACAACAAAGAGGUGACACGUAGUGCAUGAGCAGUAUGGGAGGUGGCGAGAGAUACAACAUUCCAGUUACCCACCCUGAGCACCCUUUGCCUAAGAAGAACCACCAUCUUGGCCGGGCUAAGCAGAGGAGCCGUGACCAGAACGGUGCAGCAGCAUCUGUAGGAGGGGCAGGUGGCCUUCAUCACCACGGCCACCGCCGCAGCGACAAGGGCGCAGCCUACCAUAGGUCUCCAGAGACGCGGCAGGCCGUGUCCGCUGACAAGAAUGCUUCUGUCCGUUUUGCCACCAACUACGAUCAGAACUGGGAGGGUGCGGUGUCUAAUCUCAACACGCUCCUGGCCACACAGGGAAGUCCGAGCUACGCAGGGCCCAAGUUCAGUGAGCCCCCCUCACCCAGCGUGUUGCCCAAGCCCCCGAGCCACUGGGUGUCCUUUCCUAUAGGCUCCUGUGACAACAGGGAGAUGAUGGCCUUCCAGCUCAAGAGCCUUCUUAAGGUGCAGGGCUGAGAGGGACACCCACACUUGAUCGUUUUAAAAAAAAAAAAAAGCCAAUACAUGAACUGUGAUUCUUUUGGGGGCGCACACCCACCAGGAACACCUCAGUGCUGUAAUACCGUUUUAAGAUUAACAACUUUAAUAGGUAGGGGCAUUUACAGUGAUGCUCUGCUGUUAAUGUUUAGACUUAUUUUAAAAACGAAUAUAUCAGGAUAUUACAGUCGUGCAGCCUUGCUGGUCGGUGACGCCUUCAAAGGAGUCAGUUUCUCUGAACUGGAUAUCCUUUGUACUUUUGUUUUAUUCUUUUUAAUGUUGGCUGUCCGAGUAUAUUGAGUGUUUUUUCCAAACAAACAGUCAUUACAAACAUAGUAUUAGAUCAGGUAAGUACCCAUGAACAGAAAUGCAUUUUGUUAACUUGUUUAUAAUUUUACUUCUUCAUGUCUAAAGCUUCAAGUGCUAAAUCAAACUUGGUAGGAUUUUGAUUAGGGGCCACUAUUUUCCCACUUCUGUAUUAUUGUUGUUAUUGUUUGGAAAAAACACACAACUGCAGGGAAACAAAAAGCUUACUAGAGGUAAUAAGCUGUAAUAAGUACAGGUUGAGUAUAACCUCAGACUGAAGGUUAAUAAGAGACCAUGGCACAGUGGCCCUGGACUGUCAACUCCUGUACCUUUUUUAUUGCGCUGUGCGCACAUGCACUAUAGGAGUUGACCUAGUCUUGAGGGUCAUAACACUCUAUCAUAGCAUUAUUUUGUACAAGUCAGUUUUUGUUGUGUUGAAAGACGUAUGAAGUGCUGUGAGUAACCAAAGCAAUGCUUUUUUUCUGUGACAUCUAUGUGUGGUGGGCAUUGUUGCCAGUGCCAUUUGAUCUUGCCAGCCCCAGUGGUAAAUGGGAUUAGAGUCCUCUGAGUCACCCUUUAACUCUUUAAUCAGUUAUGUUACUUAUUCUCGCUGUUUAUUCAAGACGGUGCUGCAGCUUUAACAAGCGGAAGAGGGCCAGCCUUGGAUGCAGGAUUCGGUUUCGCUUUCUGAAUCGAGAUGUGGCCCUGUUGGCUGCAUGCAUUUGUAAGCAAAGGAGGGCAGAGCUGAGGAUGGUUGCUGAAGUGAUGGGGCUCAGGGGACUAAAACAAGGCAGGAGGCUGGUGUUUGUGUUUACAAAACUGGUCUCACUGUUGAUCCCAUAAUCAACAGACACUCUGCCUCCUGCCUCUGGGUUUACCCUCUUGCACUGCGAUUAGACAUUUUUUGAUUUCCUUACAAGUUGUUAGUCAGGAUGCUAUUGAAAUAACUCAUAAUCUACCUGUGGAUUCUCUUAGUGAUUCAGUUCUGUGAUAAGCUCUUUUGGCUUUCCCUUUGCAGAAAUGUAGCUUUUAUGGCCAGCUUAAAAAUGGCAAAACAAAAGUAUGAGCCCUUUAAUGGAGCCAUGUAAAUAAUGAAAUGUAUAAAGUACUUGUAGCAUAUGUACAUUUGCAGGCCAAGUUUGAGGCCUGUCUGACAAAAGUAUUUUUAGUAAUAACACUGAAUGUAUAAGACAUGCAAGGUUGUGUCUUAACUUCAAUACUGAAGAAUAUUUUUGUUAAAAAAAAGCAUACUCAGUACCCCUGCACUGUUUCCAGAGAUCUUGCACAUGUUUUUUAUUGUUUUGUAUUAGGCAGUGUAGGAAAGAUGAUGCUAAGUGCAAAUUAUGCAGCAAAACAUGAAUUGGAUUGUAGGAGACUUGCAUAUGUAUGGAUUUGAGUUUUGAAUGUGUUUACAGUACUUAAGCGUAAAGCUUGUAUCUGCUCAGUUUAACUAUUUGUGCCUAAGUUUAAAACCAUGCAGAAACAAUUGAACCAAUAGAUGGCAAUUCCACAAACUGACCAAAUAUUUGACAAAAACAUUUUCUGUUCUCAGCUGUUUCUUCCGCCAGCUGACAACUGAAUUUGGACCCAUGUUGUUUAAGCUACCAAUUUUUCUUUUAUUACCCUGUUUGAUUUGUGCAUGGCAGUCUCCUUAUACUAAAUUGAGCUGUUUCAUUAAUUGGCUAUGAAUUUGUCCCAGUUAUACAAUGUCACUGAAAAUGAUAUGACAACAUGCCCUGUUUUUAUUAUUGGUAUUGAUUGGUAUUUAAAAUUUGUUAAAGAAAGCACUAAAGCUAUAAAUUGAUGAUAAAAUGUUUUACAAAAAAAAUAAAUCCUUUUCCCCUUUCCCCCCA